AUGAAAUGCAAGGACAUGAGAGGGCAAAUUGUGAUCCCCAUAUUUUAUGAUGUGGAUCCGUCUGAAGUGCGAAUACAAAAACGGAAAUACGGACAGGCAUUUGCCAAACAUGAGCUGAAGAACAAAAAAAAGGUUGAAUCUUGGAGAAAAGCACUUGUAGAUGCAAGCAACCUCUCUGGAUGGGUUCCUAAAAACAUUGCCAACAGGUAUGAAUCAGCGGCUAUCAAAGAAAUUGUUGACAAUAUUUCAUCAAGGUUGCAACUAGUAAAUUCAAGUGUAAAUGAGAAGCUGAUCGGAAUAGUGACUCGCGUGCAACGUUUAAAAUCAGCAUUACAAAUUGGGUUGGGUGGUGUGAACAUGAUUGGAAUAUGGGGGGGUGGAGGUGGCGGUAAGACUACUCUUGCAUCUUCUAUAUAUGAUGAAAUCCAUAGAAUGUUUGAUGGUUGCUGCUUUGUUGCAAAUAUUCGAGAGGAAUCAAGCAGGCAUGGUUUGGAAGAAUUGCAAAAACAAAUUCUUAAGAAGAUGGAAGGGAAGAGCAUUGGAGGAGGAAGAAGCUUGAUAGAUAAGAGGUUUCGUAAUAGAAAGGUCUUGAUUGUUCUUGAUGAUGUCAAUCACCUUGACCAACUAGAAGCGUUAGCUGGAUCACCUGAUUGGUUUGGUGAAGGAAGUCGAAUAAUAAUCACAACCAGAGAUGAGCAUUUAUUAAAAGUUCAUGAAGUUGUGGUACAUGAUAUUAGCUUGUUAAAUGUUGACGAGGCUAUUCAGCUCUUUCACAAGUAUGCAUUCCGGGGUUCCAUGCCUAUGGAAGAUUAUGAGCAACUUUCAAAAGAGGUGGUCUCUUAUGCCGGUGGGCUUCCAUUUGCACUUACAAUUCUCGGUUCUUCUCUUUGUGACAAAAAUAUUGAUCAGUGGAGGAGUGCAUUAGCAAGACUAAAAAAGAUCCCAGAUAAUAAGAUUCUGGAAAAGCUAAAAAUCAGCUUUAAUGGACUUACAAAAGUUCAGAAAGACUUGUUUCUUGAUAUUGCAUGUUUUUUUAGGUGGGUGGAGAAAGAUACGGCAAUGGAGAUGCUUGAUGCUAAUGGUUUUCAUCCUGUAAUAGGAGUAGAGGAGUUGAGACAAAAGGCUCUCAUAACUAUUUUGGAUGGAAGGUUUGAUAUGCAUGAUCUGUUGCAAGAAAUGGGACACUACAUUGUUAGAGAGGAACACCCUAGGAAUCCCGAAAAACAUAGUAGAGUUUGGAAGAAGGAAGAUGUUCUAACAAUAUGUGCUAUGGAUGCUACGAUGGAACUUGACAUGAUUGAAGCAAUAAAAGCUGAUUAUAGUAGCUUUCGAGAGGCAAAACCUCCUCCUAUUCUUGCAAACAUGAGAAACCUUCGUUAUAUUCAAUGGAAAGGUGAUCCUGCAAAUCCGUCGGGUAAUAACUUUCCACCAAGGGGGCUUUGUUGUCUGGUAUUAGAAUAUGCCAUCCAAGACCAACUUUGGAAUGGUUAUAAGUAUCUGCCAAAUUUGAAGAUGAUUAAACUUUGGCAAUUGAAAAACCUGGUCAUGACACCAAAUUUUGAUGGAAUUCCACUUCUGGAAAGAUUCAAGCUUCAUGGAUGUCCGAAACUAAAAGAGAUUCAUUCAUCAUUUGGACGCCUGGACAAGCUUGUUUGCUUAUCGAUAAUAGACUGCAAGGGUAUUAAGAAGUUUCCAUCUAUUAGCCGAUUUAAGAAAAUCGAGACCCUUUCAUUCGCAGAGUGCCCUAGAGUUUUUAAGCUUUCAAAGAUCCAACGGAAGAUGGACAGUUUGGGAGAUGAAGACAUGAGCUCUGCUGUUAGGGAGUUAUCCGACUUGAACAACAUACAGUUACGUUAUUUUCGUUAUUUUCGUUUUUUUCGCAGAGAGUACUUGAGAAAGUUGGAUCUCGGUUUCUGUUAA